AGUAUUUUUUCAUCAGCAACACUGUUAAAAUUGUCAAGAGAAUGUAGGUUGAUAGGUCUUGUUUCUCCGCUACUCUGCUCCGGUUGCACACAUUUCACGAUGUUUCGAAUUUCCACACACCAUAAAACAAUUGACGAGUGACAAACAAGUUAAUUGGAAUCAUGUGACCGUGAAACAAGUGUCCACGCGGCAUAAACUUAUUUAGACUGUCUAAAAAACUGUUAUACGCACACAUAAAUAAAUAAAAUAUUACCCAAUAAUCAAUAUUUUGGUGCGACUUAGGUUCGUCAUAAACACUUGUUAUUACAAGCUUUAAGUUUUAUGACUACUAAGUGAAUAAUAGGUACUUCAUUGCGGUGUUAAGUGAUUGUUACGAUAAUAUUACAUGUGUAGAGAAGUGCCAUUUUUUUACGUAACUAGUGGUCUUGUAAUGUGAUGCUUACAACACUCGUAUCGGGGGCACAGAAAACUGUUUACAAGCGGUUUACAUGAAUCAAAAUGGCGUCGCCCGCCAUCUUGUUAACGUGAGCAGCUAGCGCCAUCUAGAAAUGUACGAUGCCGCGGAUCAAAUAUGCGACCAUCCUUCGGGUCCUGGUCAUCCUAGGGCUGUUCUGCGUGUGGCUGCAGAUCAUGGUGUCCAGCGGGCUGGAGAGGGACGGAGAAGAGCUGAUGAACGGAAACGACACGUCGGAGCAGGUGCUGGCGCUGGUGCCACAGGAGCUUCAUAAAUAUCUGACCGUCCAUCCUAGGAACAAUACUGCAAACUCAACAGACCUACCCAAGAACAUAACUGAGAUCCGCCGUGCCAUCAAACGAUACAACGACGCACAAACCAUCUACAAUGAGGACAUCUACGGCCCCGUGCUCAACGAUACCGUCAUUAUAGCCAUACAGGUCCACACGCGUCUGACCUACCUCCGCCACCUCAUAGUGUCUCUCGCGCAGGCGCGCGACAUCGAACGCACGCUGCUCGUGUUCUCGCAUGAUUAUUAUGACGAGGAGAUCAACAGCUUGGUGCGGACCAUCGACUUUACUAAAGUGAUGCAGAUUUUCUACCCAUACUCCAUCCAGACGCAUCCAAAUGAGUUUCCAGGGGUGGAUCCCAACGAUUGCCCGAGGGACGCCAAAUUCGAACAAGCAAUAAAACUGAAAUGCAACAACGCGCUGUACCCGGAUCUGCACGGACACUACAGGGAAGCCAAAUACACUCAGACCAAACACCACUGGUGGUGGAAAGCCAACAGGAUCUUCAACCAGCUGCAGUGCACAGCUUCCCACACAGGCAUGGUGGUAUUCCUCGAAGAAGACCAUUACGUGGCCGAGGAUUUCCUCCACGUGCUGAACCUCAUGAGGACCACGGCAGACAAGACGUGCCCUCAAUGCGAACUGCUCUCGCUAGGGACCUACCUCAAGACGUAUCAGUACCACGCUACUGCUGACAAGCGAAAGAAGCAGCUGACUCUGUCGUACAUCCAGCAAGUGCGGGCAGCUAACGAGGAGCGACGGAGACGGAAGAUGGAUUCGACGAGUUGGAACUAUCAGGUGUACCCGAAUUUGUACGGAUACACGCAAAAGGUGGAGAUCACACCCUGGCACUCCAGCAUUCACAACAUGGGUAUGGUCUUCAACAGGACUGUGUGGAACUCCAUCAUGUCUCUACAGGAUCAGUUCUGCGAAUACGACGACUACAAUUGGGACUACUCGUUGCUUCAUCUCUCUCAGAACAGAAAGGGACGGGAGAAGUUCAAGGUCAUGAUGUGCAAGGGCCCGAGGGUGUUCCAUAUUGGGGAGUGCGGCCUCCACCACAAGAAGUCUAACUGCAACGCUAACCUGGUCAUCAGUAAGGUCCAGAAGCUCCUGCAAACCACGAAGCACCUUCUCUACCCUAAGAGGUUGACGGCGUCCAUCAACCCUGGCGGCGCCAAGCAUAAUAAGAAGCUGGUGAAAGGCAAUGGGGGGUGGGGGGACCGAAGGGAUCAAGAGAUGUGCACGAACAUGACCAAGGUAGACCGGCAGUUGAAGAAAUACGUGUAUUUUGCAUGAAUUUGAUAAUUACAAAAAAAAAAUACGAAAUUUGAUUGGAAUUUAAGGUUUUUCGAUAAAGAGCUCAUUACGCGAUAUAAGCCGUCUCUUUAUAUUUAGUACAGUGUGAAAAGGACGGAAAGUCGCAGUGAGUAGUGCUAGUCUUUUUGACAUGAUCAAGUAGACGCUAGGCGUCAGGUUUGAGACAGAAAUAGCUCUGUCCCACUCAAGCGAAGAGAUUCGGUGAUGAAACAUGUACAUUUUUAACACACUACAGUACCUAUAUGGGGCAUUAUCUA